CAUCAGCGGUUGGACCUCAGUCUGCAGAAGAGGCUGGCUUUUGAACCAUGCCCCAGCCUGAGCCCCGGGGCAGAGAGGCGCACCUUUAAGGAAGCAGGGCCCUGAGCUUCAGCCUGGUGCCCCGCUGCUACGUACGGGACAGAGGGAGGGAGGGGGGAGCAGCUCAGACCCCUGGGACAAAGACGGACGGAGACACGAAGAGGGAUGAUUCCUGAGCGGCUCGACUCCAUGAAACCUCAACACAACAGGCGCAUUAAACCAUAACCGGACCGAACCAGCACCGACCCACCACUGCUGUCAACGCAGAGAGGCCUGGAGGGAGCCCAGUAGCUGCCCAUCAAUCCAUCUAUCCAGCCAGCCAGCCGGCAGCGAUGCAGGGGCUGAUCUGGAGCCUGUGUGCCUUGCUCUGCCUCUCUCUGUGGGAGGAAAUUUACUGCAGGAGCUCAAGGGAGGUGAGGGGAACCAGAGAGCUCUCCCUCCAGAGGAGUAAGAGGGCUGCUCAUGAUCCGGAGAAGAAGUGCUCCUAUACUUUCCUGGUUCCGGAGCAGAGAAUCACAGGUCCAAUCUGUGCCAGCACCACGGGCCCCGAGCCGGACAAAGACAGAGUGACCCGUAUGGACAUCUCAGAUGUCCGGGAGGUUCUCAACAAACAGCGGCGUGAGAUUGAGACGCUUCAGCUGGUGGUGGAGGUAGAUGGUAACUUGGUGAACGAGAUGAAGCUUCUGCGCAAAGAGAGCAGGAACAUGAACUCCAGGGUGACCCAGCUCUACAUGCAGCUGCUGCAUGAGAUCAUCAGAAAGAGGGACAACUCCUUAGAGCUGGCCCAGCUGGAGAACCGCGUCCUGAACGUGACCUCGGAGAUGAUGCGACUGGCUUCGCGGUACAAGGAGCUGGAGGCCCGGUUUGCCACAAUGGCCGGGGUGGUCAACAACCAGUCCGUUCUCAUCGCCGCACUGGAGGAGCAGUGCAUGAGGACGCUGGGACGGAGCGAACUGCCCCAAGUGCCUCCGUUGGUGCAGGUUGUGCCGCAGAACAUACCCGUCGAUAACCGCUUUACCAACGAAAUCGUGAGGAACAAUCGGAACUUCCUCAGAGACUCGCGGAUGGACGCCCCCACCGCUAGCCCCUUUGGGAUGGAACCUCCACCACCCCAGGGCACGAUCACCUCCGACGGACCUUUUAAGGAUUGUUUCCAGGUGAGGAAGGCGGGUCACACCACAAACGGUAUGUACCUCCUCAAGAUCGACAACAGCGAUCACCUGAUCCAAGCCUGGUGUGAACAUAGCCUCGACAACGGGGGAUGGACGGUGUUACAAAAGAGGAAAGAUGGCUCUGUCAACUUCUUUCGGAACUGGGACAACUAUAAGAAAGGGUUUGGCAACAUAGACGGUGAACACUGGCUCGGGCUGGACAACAUCUACAACUUGGCGAAGCAGGGUGACUAUAAGCUGAUGGUGGAGCUGGAAGACUGGGCGGGGAAGAAGGUAUACGCCGAGUACAGCAGCUUUUACCUGGAGCCUGAAAAGGAGGGUUACAAGCUGAGGCUGGGGACCUACCAAGGAAAUGCUGGGGACUCCUUCAGCAGCAACAACGGCAAACAGUUCACCACACUUGACCGGGACAGGGACGAAUUCGGCGGCAACUGUGCACACUUCCAUAAGGGUGGCUGGUGGUACAACGCCUGCGGUCAAACCAACUUAAACGGCGUUUGGUACAGCGGAGGAGUUUACCGCAGCAAAUUUCAGGAUGGGGUGUUCUGGGCGGCCUAUGGAGGCGGUUUUUAUUCUCUAAAGUCUGUCCGUCUCAUGAUCCGGCCAAUUGACUGACUUUGAAAUGUGGUUAUCGCUUGCAGAUCUUCAUCUACACAUUAAUUAUUAAUAUAAAAGGUAGAAUCUUUCCAAAACAGUUAAAAAUGACUGCCCUGACUAUGACCUGGAUAACUGAGAAUCUUUACCAGCAAAAAGGUAGAAUCAGACAUUUCUAUCAUUAGAUAACAGAGUGGAGAAAAGGGAGUUGACAUCUGCCUGUUGCAAGACAGUAAAGAGACUUCUUAAAGUAUUGCCUUCCUAAAGAAAUUACUCUCCUAGGAGAUACUUGGUAAUAGGCUAUCAGUCUCCUCAAGGUCAUUCUGUUAAGCCGGGCGUACACUGUACGACUUUUUUGGCCUUUUCAGGCCGAUUCUCCUAACCUGACUCCGCCAGAUGGAUUUGCUCCGCAUAUCCAUCUGGAAACCUUCCGUU